AUGGAGGGCAAAGAAGAAGAAUCUGUUGAGGAACUCAUCAAAAAAUCCCGUUACUGUUUUGAAAAACGGAACAACCAAGAGGCAAAGGAGACUUUGGAGAGAGCGUUGGCGAUACAGAGGAAUGAGCUAGGCGAAGAUGAUCUUACUGUGGCCUGGAUACUCUAUCAGAUUGGAACGAUUCUAGCAGAGGAAGACAAUUUCGAUGAAGCUUUUGAGAAAUUCGAUAGAGCUCUCGCAAUACGUGUGGAAAAGUUGGGAACACACCUUGAAACAGCAAAUUCCUAUAUGAGCAUUGGCGUAGUUCUUGAAUCGCAAGACAACGGAGAGAAAGCAGAAGUAAUGUUCCGGGAAGCGCUUGGUAUCUACCUCGAAAUUCUGCCAAGGAAUCAUUCUGAAGUGAUGGAUGCGUACCUUCAUCUUGCGUCCUCAUUGAAAAAGCAAGGCAAGUUGUCACAAGCAACCAAAAUACAUAAACUUCGACUUGGAACACUGCUACAAAUUCAUGGGGAAGACCACCAGGGUGUUGUGCUUUCAUAUAACGGAAUUUCAGAGCUGCUGAGAAUUCAAAAUAGGUUGGACGAUGCUCUUCAGAUGAUUGAUAGGGCCGUUGAAAUUUGUAAUCGAUUAGAACGAUUGGGAGACUUCGACAUGGAUCUAUUGGGAAGAGCCCUAUACAAUAAAGCAAGCAUACUAAACGAACAGGGAAACUUCAAAGCUGCCACGGAAGUGUUCAACAAAGUACUGACGAUACAAAUCGAAGCGUUUGGUGAAAUGCACCGCGCAACAGCACUAACCUAUGAAAAUCUUGCUGCAGUGUACAUCCAACAAGGCAUGAUAGAAGGUGCCAUCAUGGCGUACACAAAUGCCAUCAACGUUCGUCGAAAGGAACUUGGCAAUGAUCAUCCUGACACAAAAGAGCUCCUGCUCACCCUUGCAUUGUUAAAGCGCGACAAAAAUAUAACAACACUAAACGACGAGGGAUUAGCAAGGAACGCGGAAGGCGAUUCGGAAAAGGCGUUGCAACUCUUCCACCAGGUGCUGGAUAUUUACGAAGAGAGCUCCAUUGCCAGUCCCAAUGUAGCAGCAGCCUAUGAGAAUAUCUCCACUAUCAAAGUUGAUCAGGGGAUGCUGGAAGAUGCCAUUGCCGCGAGUGCAGAAGCCCUCAAGAUUCGUCGAAGAACACUUGGUGACGGUCAUUGUGACACAAAACGACGCAUGGAAGCGCAUAGAUCUUUGCUGAAACGGCUUUUGGUGAGUCGGAGUUGA